ACAUACACCAGAUGUCUUUUUUUUUGUUGAUCGCUGCGUGUGGUUGAGCAGCACAUAGCAUUUCUAUUGCACACCAACACAAACGAUUUCCAUAAAUCUAACGAUUGGGCUCGUAUAGCUCUCACACACAGCAGCGUACAAAACAAAAAUAUUUCUAUUUGAACUAAAGUGCCUUCACAUCGCAUAUACACAAAAAAAAAUUAUUUGUAUUUUUCCCAAACAAUAUUACAAUUUUUUUUUAAACAGUUUUUUCUUACAACUUUCUACACGAAAAUCUGCAGAUGAUUUUCAGUUUAUUUUCCAAAUCCAACAAAAGUACUCAGCGCUAAAUAAAAAAUAAAAACUAUUUGGUGUUCCAAAAAUCGAAGGAGAAUUUUUUUUCUCGAAAAUAGUAGUGAUUUUGUACGAACGGAAAUGGUAGAAGUUGGAGUGCUGUAAACGCGUAUAUCUAUUUUACCAGUUAGAUAAUUUAUUUGGAGGGAAUUACAAACUAAAAACCUAUAUCCGAAUCAACGCAUAGAGAAAAGUUGAAAUUACAUUUCACAAUUUAAGGUAUUUUUGAAACUUGUUUUGAUGCAUCAGCUGUAGUAGUGUAUCGGCUAAGAUGACUGUAACUAUGAAUACAGCAACUAAAGAGCCAAUGCAAAAUCAAUUUGGCGCAAUGAAUCCGGUGUACGGAUCGCCAAACACAAUACCAACCAUUUGCAUGAGCUUAUAUCCAACGAAUGUCAAUUAUCCAACAAAGAAACCGAUUGAAUCGGCCAAAGCGACAACAUCACAGCUAAGGAAACUCAUUCCAAUUAUCAGUGGAUUACUUACAUUUGCCACGGUUCUAAGUAUUCUCAUCAUUUUCAUGGAUACAUCAGAAAUUCGCCUGCAGAAAUUCCGCCUGAACAUGACACGUGAUGAAGAGUUGAACAUUCAACGCGAUAACCCCGAGCUAGUUGCAUACAUUCGUUGGCAAUUAUCACAGCGCAAGACGGCUCCAUUGCCUGUGCCUAGCUACAGCAAACGUAACGGGCUGGUACCCGAAUUAGCAAUGGAAAUUGCCAAGCAUGUUGACAUGAAGGAUAACGGGUAUUUUGUACAGUCGCUAACCAAUUAUAAUGGCGAAUUUUUGACCGGACCAUGGUUGGCUGAACAUUUAAACUGGGGCGGAUUGAUCGUUGAGCCAGAUGCUCGAAAAUACUUUUCACUGUGCAAAGAAACUCUGAUGCAACCCAAAGUUCAGGUCAUACAAGCUUGUGUCUCACCGAACAAUCAUCCACGAGAGAUUCUUCUGCGUGAGGAAGAUAACGAUAGCAGUGAGGUGCAAAUUAGUAGCUUAGUAAGCGGUAAUCAAUCGUGGUUCCCACGAGCCAAAUGCUACCCCUUAUACUCGCUAAUGCUGGCCGUGAAUCAAACACAAAUCGAUGUUCUCAGCUUGGGUUGCCAAAGCCAGGAAAUCGAGAUUCUACGCACUAUACCAUUUGACAAAGUGAAAAUCCGGCUUAUAACUAUCCAUCUAAAUGGAUAUCAUGAGGCCGAUUAUCAAACGUACGACAGUGAGUUUACAACGAAACUCAUUGAUAUGACCACCAAGUUCUUGCAGUCAAAGUCGUAUCGUUUGGAAAAGAUCAUCGACCAGAAUUAUAUUUAUGCGUUAGUCGACAAGAAUGAUAUUAGUAAAAAUACCGUGACAGCUGCUGCUAAACGACGAGAAUAUGAUGCCGGUAUUUAAAAUGCACGACCGAAAUGAAGAAAAUAAAAAAAAGAAGAAUUAAUUGUAAUUUAAAACGAUAUGAACAAGGAGAAAGAAUCUAUCAACGCAAAGACGCAUUUUAAAUACCGUUUAGUCAAAUUUUAUGUUGGUUAGCACGCUCUCGAGUAAAUUUUAACAAUUUAGAAAUGCGAGAAAAAAACAGCAAAAAACACAUGUUAGGGAAUAGACACAUUUGCAUACACCUAGAGAAUCUAAUGUAAUGGAUUUUCAUAUGAUCUCGAAUCGUUUGUAAUUAGCCCCCAGAAGAAAAAGAAAAUUACAAACGCGAACACAUAUACACAAAAAAAAAGAUGAACACAAAUGUUUAAGCGCACUCCAGUCACAAAGUAAACAGGAACGUUCCAUCGACAGAUUCAAUGAACAUUGUUCCAACACGCACACAUUCAAACUAUUUAUUUUUUUUCCUUUGGUCAUCAUCUGAACGACGAUUUAAUGCAUUCUCUUUACUUAACUUAUCAUCAUCAUCAUCAUCAUGAUAACCAUUUAUCAUAACAUUCGGAUUUUCAUUUUGAAUUUCUCUCUAGCGGCUUUUUACUCAUCUCUCGGCAAAAUGACGGCGAUUAUGCGAGUCAAUGACUUAUCAUUCCGAAAAUUAGGCAGAUUUUUUUGUCCUGUCUUUUGUUAAUACUUGAAACAAAGGCAUUUUAUCGUUUAAAGAUUUAUGGAUAUUCUACAAUGAAUAUGUCAUUAAAAACACUGGAUUUAUUUCCUUGCAUCGAUAUAUAUUGCUCAACAUUUAUUUACCAAAAUUUUCUUCCGAUGAAAAAACUCUCGACCCGUCUAUAGUUGACUGACGAACGAUCUGAUCGCGCUUUGCAAUCCAUUGCGUAUUCGGAGUAAAAAGCCUGUAGAUUAUUAUUCUCCUAAUAUAAUUUUUUUUUAUUAGUGUAGUAUUUAUAUAUAUAUUGCAAGUAUUAUUAGUAGGAAGGUUGUCAUCAUUUUCAAUUGUUUAGUAGCAUCAACGUUUAUAUUUCGUACUACAUCUACCAAUUUAUGUGAACAAAAUUUUUAUGUCAACUUUUUUUUUUGAUUGAUUUAAAGAAAAAGGCAGGAGAAAUGAUUUUUUUUCAUCUUUUUUUUCGGCGCUCUUUUUUUAUUUCAACAUUUAUUUGUUUUUUCAAUUCUAUUUACUUUAUAAUGCAUUUAUUUUUUCAAUCGAAUAUACACGAGAAAAAAUCUAUUUAUUCAUUUUAUGUUUUCUUGAUAAUUUAUAAUAAAAAUCGAUUAGACUGCCAAUGUGCGGAUAGACUGUUGCAUGAUGAUGAAUAGCCAAAUCCUUUGGGAGGGUUAUCUAUCGAUCAACGCUUAAUCAUUCGCUUCAGAAAAUAAUGACGACAAAAUUCCAAAAGAAAAACCUAAAAUGCCCAUCGGAAUUGCCCCAAGCAAAUGUCUAGUGACAUUCAUGUCAUUCGUAUCAUCAAUCAUUGCGUGGAGCUGACUUUUUGACGAAACAAGAAAUAGGAUUUAAAAAAGUCAACACAAACUUAACAUAAAAAAGUGAACAGAGUGACGACAAGAGAAAACGAAAGGCAGAGCUUGUACACCUCAAUACCAAUAGACCAGUUUUAAGAAUCGAACCGACAAAUUGUAGUCAGUAAGAGAAUUUUACGGGAAAAAAAGCACACGUACAUUUUAUUCAAAACUUUUUGCACGACAUAUUCAAAUGAACAAUUUUCUCUCUUAAUUUUUUUUCUCUUCAUUUAAAUAUCAAUAAAAUGAUAAGAGCCAAUAAAAGUAAAAAAAAAACUCAUAAAAA